GUUCGGAAGAGGGAGAGCGGGGAUGUCGGACGCCGUCGAGGCGACGGGGGAGCCGAUCCCGACGUGCGUCCUGAUGGCGGCGUCGAAGCACAUCGCCGUGCGGUGCCGGGCGGAGAACGUGGCCUUCAUCAACUGCAAGAAGAAGGACCCAAACCCGGAGAAAUGCCUCGAUAAGGGCCGGGCGGUCACUCGUUGCGUCCUAAAUUUGCUGAAGGAGCUUCAUCAGAGGUGCCCCAAAGAGAUGGAUGGUUAUGCAGGCUGCAUGUAUUACUAUACCAAUGAGUUUGACUUAUGCCGCAAAGAACAAGAAGAGUUUGAGAAAGCAUGCCCAAUUUCUGAGUAGUUGCUGGAGGUUGCCUCCUGGAUUGUGAGGGAUAACUUUGGAAAACAACAAUUCAUGAAUUCCUCUGUUCUGUUUUUCUUUAAUGAGACCAUCUACCGCCAUCGAAGUACUCUUUUACUGAAUUCAGGUUAUUGAAAUUUGCUAAGGCUUAUGGCCGCAUGUUUCUACGUGGCAUCAGUAUUUGAUCUUUCUUUGCAACAAUAGUCCUGUUGGAAUUAAUCUGCUUUCAGAUUCUUCUGUAUAAGGUGUUAUCAUGCCAAAUAAAAUCUGUUUUAAAGACCUCUGCAAUGGUGCUUCCAUGUUUUUGUUUUU